AUGCAUCUUGUUGAAGACAUCCUCCUUUCUAUCUUCAAACUCCUUCCUCCUUCCUCAGCUACUACUGUAGCUCAGGCCUCCAAGCUCACAUACCAACUGGCCAUGCCCACUGCACUCUCUAAGAUCCAUCUACAAGACUGGUGUGAUUGGAACCCCACAGGCACCAUUGAAUGGGUGAAGUGGCUCACUUCUGCUCAUCCUUACCUUCCCUACCCUCCCUGUCACUAUAUCAAGUCCCUCCACACCCCCUAUCACUCCGAUAUUCUCUCCACCCACGUUUUCACGGAUAAGCUCCUCAGCAAGAUCCCAAAUCUCUCUGAGCUUGUGGUUCUGAACACGGGGGAACAAAUCGACGUUUUUGUCUGCCUUCUAUUCAUACCCACUUUGACCACACUCUCCAUGAGCUCAGCUACCAUCGACAAUGUCCUCACGGGGUCUAUUCCAGUCGAUAUCACCUUCCAGGACUGGAACAUCCUUCAUUCUCUCAUCCUUCAACUCUCCAAAGUCCCCCUUCUUGCUUCUUUAUCUUUGACAGGAGACGAAGAGGAGAACGAGCAUGAAGAGAAGGAGUUGGCCCAUUGGGAUCUCAUCCAGGAGCUUAGCAUUGCAUCCCCUCUUCUAGACCUCCCCUACCUCAAACAUCUCAAGCUCCAACAGUGGCAGCGAUCCUUGGUUCCCCCUACCUCCUCUCUUCUCCACCUUUCUGUCUACUGCCACACCACGUUUGAGGUCUUGUGGGCUCACACCUGGCACGACCUCCAGACCGUUGAGAUUGACUUCAUGCUCGACGGUGACGAGGAGAUCUUUGGCGAGAGCCCACCCAUCGACAACUACAAGAAUCAUUCCUUCUCUCACAUCGACUUCCUCGAGUUCACUCAGAAGUGGUAUAUUCCUUCACGCUCAGCCACCAUGUACGACUUUGCAGAGUUGCCACACCAGCUCUUCCACCAUAUCAAGUCUUUGUCGUCCCUUUCCUUUGCCGAUCUCAUGUGGGACGACUGCGAAGAUGAGCUCAGAUGCGAGACUUUCGAUGCAGCUGCCAGGUUGAAGAUUAGGUCGUUGACCUUCGACCAUUUCUAUUAUCCUGCGAAUGGUUUCGAAGACAUCUUGUCGACCAUGCCCCAGAGGUUCUCUCCCAUCCCUCUCAUUCAUCUCAGCAUCAGAUUCGUUCCAGAUCUGUUUAAAGACCUUGCCAUGGAUCCCCUCACAGCGUGCAAGAGGCUAGGGCAGAAGCUGGCAGAGUUCAUUCCUACCCUCAUGGUUCUGGAACUGGAGGUUCUUGACGCAGAUGACGAUGAAGAAAGAGUCGUUCAGUGGUGGAGAAUCGAGCGUCGAGAGGAGGUCCCACGGUUGGAAGAGAUAUGGAGUGAGGUUGGGGAGGCAGCUGUUCAGUUGAUUCAGAGGAAGGCCUUCAAGCUGCAGGCUCUGGAAGAACUCUUUAUUACUCGGGAUGUCUACUAA